AUGUCCCGCAGCGGUGCAACCACUCAAGUCACCAACCGUCCGCCGUCGUCCAACAACCGCAUGAAGCUGACGAAAGACACCGGCCAUAUGACAGGAGGACCCAUGUCUGACAUGGCCAGCUUGUAUUAUGUAGAUGGCCCUGUAGACAACCUGGAACGUCUUGCAGAAUAUCUGAACAAGGAGGAUCUGGCUGAGGCAGCGUAUAUCGCACCAGCUGCAUCUGUGCCGCUCACCGUUCAACCACUCGUUGCGCCGCAAACCAUGGACGUGCCCGCCGUAACGCCUAGCUUCACGUCGCGCCAGAUUUAUGUUGGACCAGAGCCUGCAGGGAUGGACGCCAGCUAUGCCAACUCACUCCCCGGAGGAAAAGGCGAGGAAAUAAGAGGGACAAAUCCCACAGACGUCGGCUUCGUAAACCACGGCACUGCCGUCUCUGGCGUCAUCAACGGGGACGUCGACAUUUUUGGGGUUCUUGGUAUUGCGCCGGAGGCCAUCUUCCAUGGCUCUUUCUCUCUCGGGCACCCCGUCGCUACUGCUAUCAAAGCGGCGGCCGACAAGUUGCGGCCAGGUGAUGUUAUACGCCUCGAGAUCCAAUCCACCCAGGAUCUUGCUUCUCAGAUCAGGGAAACCGGGAUAUUCUUCGCGGCUGCAAGUUCUGAUGACAUCAUUACCAUAACGUCAGGCAUGACAGCAUUUAGUAUGUUUAAGCCCAAUUUUUCGUCUUGCUAUGCCGUCGGAUACUGUAUCUCAGGCCCGAGUGCCGACCAUAUCGCUGAGUUCGAUUAG